CAAGAAGUACAAGACCUCAUGGGAUGUCCUACUGACGAACCAGUCUCCUCACACUGGAAGGAUAGUCAAGCUUCCACCUUGGAAAAGUGGACUGUGUUAAGGCCUUUCAUGGUCAGUUACAUGUUGUCAUCUGAGAAGCCUAAAGACGAUGUUUGCCAACAGUGUAGUAGUGCAGUAGCGAUGUGUCGAGAUUGUUUGCCAAGACCACUUUACUGCGCAGCCUGUGAUCUUGCCAUACACGAGGAUAAGGUCCUUCAUAACAGAGCGUCCAUAACAGAGGGCUUCUUCAGACAACUGCCACCAUCCACACACAUCAAAGAAAAUGAGGGAGGCAAAUUCUCUUACUAUGAAAAAGAAUGCUUUUUACCAGUUAUGCUUCCAUGCUGCGAUUGUUCCAGUGGAAAAAUUAGUAUUUUCGUUGGAAAUCAAGUCAUUUUGAUUGGAAUGAAUGGACGAUACAAUCUGUACCUUCCAAGUAUUAGUUGCUCCUGCGGAAAGACUUGGUCUGUGGGCAUAAGUGAUCUGGUUGAGAGUGGCUACUUGCCAGCCACAGUAAAUUUUGAGACUGUGUAUGCAGUGGAUUUGUUCACUACAUAUGAGGAUCUCAAGAUCACUGCCACAGGAAUGUCCCGGCAAGCUUCUGUUAGCAUGCUCGAACAUCGCACAAAACUCUUUGGUCGGAGUGGAAAGAUAUGUGGGGACACCAUGCAGACAGCAUUUCUCGAAUGGACCUAUGCGAAAUUUGAGGUGUGUCAGGUGCAGCAUUUUCAGUGCCCUGCAUGCACACCCUCCAUGUUGGCUGUUGCAGUGGAUGGGAACCGCAAACUAUAUCGCUUUAAGAGCCAACAAGGACCUGAUGGAUUUUUUGAUGGGGUGUUCCUGGCAAAAAAUGCUGAAGUGUCCUCCUUUGUCGACUACAUCCAUGGAACAAUAAGACAUAAGCCUGCAAAAGGGAGAUAUGGCCCUGGUCAGUGGGCAGCUGCGCGAGAGUCCGCAAACAAGUCUGCAAGCAAAAUAGAUGAGGAAGGCAUUGAGGUUGCUGUCUGCUGUCAUGGUGUUUUGCUGAAGGCACUGAAUAUGUUCCGUGGAGAAAUAUUUGCCUAUCCCCUAUACCUACAGAAACAGCUUUCUACACAAACUGUGCAGUUCUUUUGCACUGACGUAGUCUGCAAAUACUGGCCAUAUCUGCAGAGGGUUGUAGGCCACUGUCCGGAGUUGCAAGGCUUGUUGAACAAUGAGAACAAUGAUUGA